ACGGCUCUGUCUUACCGUCUUGCAAGCGGAGAAGAGUGCGCGUGUUUUUUGCGUCAGUCAGUGAAAAGUGCUUCUCACAAGAGUCGUACGAGCUGUCGUCGUCUGGCCGGUCGGGACAGAAGACUACUUAAUGAGUUUUCAAGCGUGUUAUGGUUUGAAACAGUGAUUGUUGGUCUGCUGUUCGAAGAAAAACUAGAUGUUUGAUUACGACAGAAGACAAAGUUUGGAACCUGAUUUUCUGUCACAAGCUCACAAGGGCUGAAAGUCGUCGGGUGAAUAAUUGUGCCAACAAAGUAGUGAAAUUAUCACUACCGUAAUUCGGACCGGUCCGAAGAGUGAAGACGGGAAAGCGGAACAGUGUAGAAUUAAUAAGAAGAAAAAAAAAGUAACAGGCAAGCGGGUAAUUUUCCAGCUGGCGCAUCUCGAAUUACGAAAAAGAGAGCUUGUUUUAGUGCUGUUGAAUAAUUUAAAUAAAAUUGCAAAAGUUUUAUCGCUUUUGCGCGGCGACCGAGGUUUGAGAGUCUCCAAUGUAACAUAACCUCAAAAUUAAAGUUGAGACAAUGUUCGGUCGUGUGUUAGUGCGCUGUGUACUGCUGGUUGUACUGAACUUUGUCUUCGGGUUGGGCUUCACGGCUCCUCGCCGACCCGACACUGUUGCUGAUAUUGAACUGGACGAGGAACAGGACACUGUUUCGCUACAGGCUUGUUUUGAGGAAGACUUAAGGAACAUCAGAGCGCACAAUCCGAAUCCGUUGCAUGUCAUCAUCAAUCAUUGCUAUUUGCAGGAACUGCCGAAUGCCAUUUUCAUUCGCUUUCAUGAUCUUAAAUCGCUUCAAAUUUGCGACAGUAGACUAAACCAUCUGCAAGAUUUUGCCCUUAAUGGAUUGAGAAAUCUUGAAGUUCUAGAUUUUUCAAGAAACAAUCUGACGACAGUGAAAUCAUGGAGUGAUCAUAGUUUGGAAAACCUUCAAAGUCUAGAUCUCAGGAGGAAUUUACUAAACAAAGUCAAUACUCAAUCAUUCAAACACUAUCCGAAUCUGACGAAACUGAAUCUAGCAGUCAAUCAGAUCGCCGUAAUUCCCGAAGGAACGUUCCAAGUAGCUCCCCAUCUGAAAUAUUUAAAUCUUGCCCAUAACCUUUUAACGUCGAUCGACGAAACCACCCUGAAGGGUCUGACUAAGCUAAACCACGUUUACUUCCAUCACAAUCAAAUAACGUUCGUUGACUUCUUCGCCUUUGUCGGGAAUAGUCAUUUGAAGACGCUUCAGCUGCAAGAAAACAAAAUCAGCGUUCUCGAAACCGAUCUCCUUUCCAAUUUACCCCGUCUAACCUUCCUGAACAUUAGCCAUAACCAGUUGGAAAUUGUGUCGGAAAAUAGUUUCAAGCGUAGUGCCAGCCUUCGUUCGCUAGAUAUGAGCUAUAACCGAAUUAAAAAUUUCCACGAGGACAGUCUCAAGGGUUUAUCUAGCUUAGAGGUCUUCAACGCAAGCCAUAACCAGCUCAAUCAGCUGAAUAAAUACAUGUUCAAAGAUUUCUCGGCCGUUGAAGUGCUCGUUCUUGUCGGCAACCAGCUGGCCUACGUCGAAAACAAACUAUUCGAGUAUAGUCCCCAGGUGAAGAUCCUAAACCUGUCUCGCAAUGUCAUCGCAGAUAUUGAACCGGAGAUUUUCGAAGACACUAUCCGGCUCCAUUCACUGGAUCUUUCGCAAAACCAACUGGUGGAGGAUGCAUUCCUGGGGUCACUUCCCCAUUUGCAGUGUUUGAACUUGAACCACAAUCUGUUCCAACGGUUGAACGUGUCCCUGCUGGGCCACAUGGGCCACGUGGAACUUCGUGGAAAUCCAUGGCGGUGUCAGUUUCUGAUUCUGGAACUGAUGAAACAGAACCACAAUAUUCACUACGCGAACAACUACGUUGUCCAAUCGGCCGAUAGUAUUCUGAACACCCAUGGAAUCGGUUGCACGGAUGAAAACGGCAAAUCGCGAGAUAUUAUUGUGGUUGAGAGCCCGGCCAAACAGGACUACAGUUCGUUGGAAUACCACCGCUACCGACUGUUCCACGAAGCCCAGCUGGACACCCGACCGAUUCAGGACAACUUCGACACCAAAUCCACCAUCCUCUGGCUGAUGUCCGGGGCGUUCGUGGUGUUCGGUGCGUUCAAACUGAUCCAGCUGAUCCUGCAGCACUCGGAACAUCAGAGCGAAAAGUGGCGUCUGGACCAGCACAUGGAGUGUAACGAAGCCGGCGAAAUUGAUGACGACGCUGUCGGGAGGCUGAUUUUCCCAGCGUCAGCCACGGCGGAUGCCACCAAACAAUGAGGUGCCGGAUUGUGGGCCUGCUCACAGUAGGAGGUAAAUCGAUUUUUUUUUGUUUAUUCGAACAUUCGCCAUGGCCGCUGCCUACGCCGGAGUAGGUCAUUUGUUGGCAUUAUUUAGAUACAAUUUUACUGAAUUAAUUUGGAUUAUGGCGGCUGGAACGUGGAAUAGUAGUUUAUUCUUCUCGCAGGAUGCAGAUUUAUGGUGCAUGGUUGCUAUUGAUAGAGGAAAAUUACUUCAUGGAUAUAAUUUAGUUGCGCGGAGUAAAAUAAAUUGAACUGAUUUAAUGCGGAUUAAA